UAUGUGACAUUGUUGUUUUUUGUUCUCGGAAAGCAUCAGAGUCAGAGGUCUGCCUGCAUAGUGCAGCUUUGCUUUAAGAAACGUGGCCUUAGCUGGUUACCGCGAGGCUACCGGCUGGCGUCUCGUACACGAAUGACACGCAUGCGAUUCCGGCUUCUUCCUACGUCAGUCGCCUCGCUUUCUGCACACUCGACGCCCCUGCCUAAACAGCCGCCAUCCUCGGCGAGACAUGUCUGAGGUGGAAAAAGCCCUGAGCUCGGCCCCGGAGCCAGCCGCUGCGAUCCUGGACGCACUGAACGCCACCGAAUCCAACGGGACGAACGCGCUCAACGCGACCGCCAAAUUCGUGGCCACGCCGGAGGGCACGGCACUGGCGUACGGCAGCCUGGUGCUCAUGGCACUGGUGCCCAUAUUCUUCGGAGCCUUGCGCUCCGUGGCCUGCUCCAAGUCGAAGGAGCUCAGAGAACAAGCAUAUGAAUCGGGCUUCCGAAACGCGUCAGACAUGCCAGAGACCAUCACCAGCCGAGAUGCCGCCAGAUUCCCCAUCAUCGCCAGCUGUACUCUCUUUGGACUCUACCUUUUCUUCAAGGUGUUUUCUCAAGAUUACAUAAACCUGCUGCUGUCGGUCUACUUCUUUGUGCUUGGCGUGUUGGCGCUUUCUCACACGAUGAGUCCUCUGCUGUCCAGAAUCUUUCCCGCUUCUGUGCCAAACAAGCAGUACCAGCUUCUCUUCACACAGGGUGCCGACGAGGCCAAAGAAGAGAUCAUCAACUAUGAGUUUGACACCAACAACCUGGUCUGUCUGCUUGCCAGCAGCGUGGUGGGUGUCUGGUACGUGCUCAAAAAGCACUGGAUCGCCAACAAUCUCUUUGGUCUGGCCUUUGCCCUCAAUGGCGUGGAGCUUCUGCACCUGAACAAUGUCAGUACCGGAUGCAUCCUGCUAGGGGGGCUGUUUGUCUACGAUAUCUUCUGGGUAUUUGGUACAAAUGUCAUGGUGACAGUCGCCAAGUCCUUUGAAGCGCCAAUCAAAUUGGUCUUUCCUCAGGACUUGUUGGAGAAAGGUCUGGAUGCCAGUAACUUCGCCAUGCUGGGUCUGGGUGACAUCGUCAUCCCAGGCAUUUUCAUUGCGCUGCUGCUGCGUUUUGAUGUCAGUCUGAAGAAAAACAGGAGGACAUACUUCUGUUCCAGCUUCCUAGCUUACAUCUUUGGUCUUGGUCUCACCAUUUUUGUCAUGCACACCUUCAAACAUGCACAGCCCGCUCUGCUCUACUUGGUGCCUGCCUGUGUCGGCUUCCCUGUUGUGGUGGCCCUCUUCAGAGGAGAACUUAGCGAGAUGUUCAGGUACGAGGAGUCCUUUGGGGAGGAGGGGCUAGCUAAAGAUGACUCGUCAGAAUCACUGAAGAAGGACCAAUAGCAUUCAGUGACCCCCAGCUGCCUCGCAAACACCCACAUUCUGCCAGCCCCUGCCCACCACAUCCCAUCUAGCUGCUUCCUGCCACACUUCCGAUCACUUGUCAUUCUGCACCCUUAUUGUCUGGGGGGGCGGGGAUAAUAAGGGGCAAGGAUGAGCAGAUGGGGGCAGAGACUUCUCAAAAGUGAUGGUCAUGAUCAUAAGAUGGGUAGAGGCAAGGAAAAAGUUAUUUUUAUUUUAGUAAAUUUGAGCUUGGGAGUGUUUUUUUUGGGGGGGGGGGGAGGGUGAUGCAUAAUUUUAACACGUGCAUUCUGUCUUUUACUUCUUAAUGAAUCUUUUGAACAGCAAAAGCAGACAAUUGUGAGGUGCCUUUUCACCCCUAAUUAUUGUAAUUAUUAUCAGGAUUAGUAAGGAACAAACUGGUUGAGCUUAUGAAAAAUAGACUCAUGAAAUUGUUUUCAAAGGGCUGUUCUUGAAUUUAGUAUAAAAGAAUCCUUUAUUUUGAUCCUUCAAAGCCCAUAAUGAAACCUCAUGAUAAGCCUCUCACCCUCAUCUGCGCUCCGACAUGUAAAUUUUGAUGACAUCAUCAGCGAUUGUCAUCACGCAGCUUUUUCUUUGUCUUUUAGGAUUGUUGUUGUUUUAAGGUUUAUGAAGAUAAGCUAAAAGGGAUUUCUGAGAAGGUCAAAUGGGUAUUUCACAAUAAAACCUCAUUUCAGAGAAGUUUUUUGUGCUUUGUGUUCUGAUUGGUUAAGAGCAUUCUGGGAAGCGCUUAUUGUUUGUUAUAUUACAUUUGCUCUCAUUGUGUGCUGGAUUUCCCCUAAGUUUUGAAUGGCUCAUGCUUAUUGUUGAUGCUUCCUUUGCUCUCUUUUUCUUUUCUAUCUUGAUGUU